AUGGAAUCCGAGCAGCAGAAAGCGAUCGACUGCCACUUGAAGGAACUGGCCCAUACCAUGGCGGAGGCGAUCAAUUCGAGAGACUCCUCCUUCAGAUCCCCAGCGUGGUCGCAUGUCUCGUCAGAUUUCGUCGCCGAGCCGGGCUUCUCAGAGUGGCCCAGGAGGACGACCAGCCUGGCCGAGUUCCUGUCCCGUUUCAUAAGGCACACCGAGGCGCAUCCUGAGUACAGCAUGCGACUCACAGAUGUGUCGACGCGGGUGAAUGAAACGACUGGACGCGCAUACGUUUGGGUGAGCCUGGACGCCAUGGGCUUGCCGCCAGGAACGAGCCGACCCAACGUCGGGACUUUGGACUUUAUGUUUGGUGGCCAUGGCUGGAUCUGCGUGAAGUGGCAGUGCUUUCCUGGCCACUUCGUCGACGUCGGCCUCUGA